AUGCUGCCGACUCAACAUAUAUCAACCCGCCAGCUGAUGCGCCCGGGCUUGCCCAGGGUGUAUCGUGUGGCAUGUGCUCAAGGACUUCGCCACAACUCUUUGGAAGCAGGAGAGAACAACACUGGUCAUAUCAGUGUCGAUUCCAAGGAAGGCGUGCUGUUCUUCAACACUAUUGAUCCUCAAAAAGUCAUCAAGGGAGCACAAGAAGCUACUCCUGGCAAGCCAGUGCAGGCGAACGUCGUCGAAGUACUGCCCCGAGUCAAGGAGGGCGGUGCUUUCGUCAAGUUCACAUAUGACUCUGGCUCAAAGCUAUCCGACAUCGAAGCCGCUGUACAGAAACAUCUGCAAGAUCACCAGGUAAAGCCUUGGUGGGCGCCUAUUACCAAUGUCCGAGCAGGAUUGGUAAAGGGUAAACCAUGGGUCGAGGAUCUGUACCGCUUGCCUAGCCAGCGACUGAGAAUUGAGUUCUUGCCUACUGCUCCUGGAGGCGAGGUUGCGGAACUGUCUCAGGAACAGCUAUAUGCUUUCUUCAGACCUUACGGAAAGUUGGCAGAUAUCAUCUCUCAGCCUUCUGACUCGAAAGUCCUACCAAAGUUUGCCAACAUUGACUUUACGACACUUACANNGAACUGUUUGCAUGGUUAUGUUGUUUCCGAAGAACAGGGUGGUGGUAAACUAGGAACAGUGUUCCGAAUCAGUUAUGAAAGGAAGCANAAAGCACGAUGGUUUAUCGACUGGCUCACGAACCAUCCCAGAAUAGUCAUUCCUGCUAUCGCCGCUCUAGUCGCAGGUUUCACUGUUGCAGUCUUCGAUCCUAUUCGUACCGCAUUCAUCAAAGGACACAUUACUCGUACGCUUCACCUCGAAGACAACAGAGUCUAUCGCUGGUUCAAGAAGCAGGCAAGCGACCUUCUUGAUGUUGUGCGCCUUAGAUCGCACACUCCCGAUGAAGCUGGAAUGGAAGCUAUCUGGGAAGAUCAGAAGGGUAACAUCAAUCAAAUCAGAACCUGGCUUAUGGAAACGGCAGACACAUUCAUCGUGGUCCAGGGGCCGCGUGGGUCUGCAAAGCGAGAGUUGGUCGUUGACCAAGCCUUGAAAGACCGCAAGAAUAAGUUGAUCGUCGACUGCAAGCCUAUCCAGGAAGCACGCGGAGACUCAGGUACCAUCAAUGCCACAGCGGCAGAGGUUGGCUACAGACCGGUAUUUUCAUGGAUGAACUCAAUCAGUGGACUCAUUGAUCUCGCAGCCCAAGGAGCAACUGGUGUCAAGACUGGAUUUUCUGAAACUUUGGACUCUCAGCUUAAUAAGAUUUUCACGAACACACAGACUGCUUUGNNGAAGCAAAUUGCUCUCGAUGGAAGAAAGAAAGAUGACAGAGAUGCCAAUCUCAGCGAUGAUGAGUAUCUUGAAGCACACCCCGAGAGACGACCUGUCGUUGUCAUCGAUAACUUCCUGCACAAGAGCCAAGAAGGCACUGUAGUCUACGACAAGAUUGCUGAAUGCAAGUCGCUAUCUAAAGCUCUGCCAGACCGCGUGUUCCGCCAAAUCAGUCUUUCCGACACUAGUAUCGAGGUCGCUAAGCGUUUCGUCAUCAACCACAUUGACUUCGAAGCUGAAGACGCAGAAGCUGGUAUCAAGCAGCUGACUCCCUCGCAACGUCGCAAAGAUCUUGGAGAACUUGACAGCGUACUUCCUGCUCUAGGUGGUCGUCUCACAGAUCUCGAGUUCUUGGCCCGCAGAAUCAAGGCUGGUGAGACACCGCGCAAGGCCGUCCGCGAGAUUGUUGAGCAAUCUGCUAGCGAGAUUCUGAAGAUGUUUGUACUGGGUCAGGAAGACGGUAGUCGUCAAUGGACACCACAACAAGCCUGGCUGCUUAUCAAGCAGCUCGCCAAAGACCAAAGCAUACGCUACAACGAGAUCCUGCUAUCAGACUCGUACAAGACUGGUGGCGAGAAAGCACUUGCGGCUCUCGAACAAGCGGAACUCAUCGCCAUUCAAUCAUAUAACGGUCGUCCAUACGCCAUCAAGCCCGGUCGUCCAGUCUACCAGCCUGCGUUCGAAAAGUUGACUCAGGAUAAGGUCCUUCUGUCACGCAUGGAUCUCGCAGUCUUGGCAGAAGGCAUCAAGGCCGAAACACAGAGUAUCGACAAGUACGAGCAAGAAUUGCACCUCUUGGGCGAGUUGCCACGCCAGCCUGCAGAGUUGACGAGCCGUGUCAACUAUCUCUUGUCUAAGAUCAUGGCUAGUCAAGCCAAGGUCGAGGCUUACGAGAAGCAGAGUGGAGAACUUAAGAAGAUCUUGACUUCAGAAUACUAG